UCGACGGAUGAUACAAAAACACGUGUUCUUUACACUUUAGCUAAUAAAGUUUUGAGUUAUUCAAGUCAAUUUAAUAAACUUUAGGUAGGUAGAUAAAAGGAACUGAAUAGGCGUGAAGAAAACAUAGUUUUAAGUAAGUUAAUCGGUAGAAUACGAAAGUUUACGUGGAUGAUUGAAGGGAAAGUAGUGAAGCAGGAGAGCGGCCAUUUUAUGUUAGUAUGACGUAGAGGCUGGGUGUAGCUUCGCGUUCAACCGUCCGUGUUCUUUGGAAAAGGCGAGAAAAUCUGAAUUCUGAUGCUGGGGUCGAGGUAAAUGCACGUAUCACGCACUGAACGUGUGAACCAUAAAUUAAGCCCAAGGAAAGUAAGGAAAUUAGUUAAAUAAGGAAGUACAGGGGUUCUGAAAGAGCGAGCAUGAGCGAAGAAAGUAAUCCGCGAACGCUCUAUGUGGGAAAUCUAGACACUUCGGUGUCGGAGGAACUCUUGUGCGCACUUUUUUCACAAAUAGGUGCUGUUAAAGGAUGCAAGAUUAUACGGGAACCAGGAAACGAUCCAUAUGCUUUUGUUGAAUUUACGAAUCAUCAAUGCGCGGCUACAGCGCUAGCCGCCAUGAACAAGCGAUCCUUCCUGAAUAAGGAAAUGAAGGUUAACUGGGCAACGAGCCCUGGAAAUCAGCCGAAGUUGGAUACGAGUAAUCACCAUCACAUAUUUGUCGGCGAUCUUUCGCCAGAAAUUGAAACACAAACUUUAAAAGAAGCAUUCGCGCCUUUUGGCGAAAUUAGCAAUUGUAGAAUUGUCCGCGAUCCACAAACCAUGAAAAGUAAAGGAUAUGCCUUUGUAUCAUUUGUCAAAAAGUCUGAAGCUGAAGCAGCGAUAGCAGCUAUGAAUGGUCAGUGGCUUGGAUCUAGAAGCAUCAGGACAAAUUGGUCAACUAGGAAACCACCACCACCUCGAUCUGAAAGGCCACGACAUUCAAAUAAUAGUAAACCUAAUUAUGAAGAGGUAUAUAACCAAAGUAGUCCAACUAAUUGCACAGUAUACUGUGGAGGUUUUACAAAUGGCAUUACAGAUGACCUGAUAACCAAAACAUUUUCUCCUUUUGGUACCAUACAAGAUAUAAGAGUAUUUAAGGAUAAAGGAUAUGCUUUCAUAAAGUUUACUACUAAGGAAGCUGCUACUCAUGCCAUAGAAUCAACACAUAAUACAGAAAUUAAUGGUAGUAUUGUCAAAUGUUUUUGGGGAAAAGAAAAUGGAGAUCCCAACAGUGUGGGCCCAAAUGCAAAUCAUCAAGCUCAACAGGUUACAGCUGGAGCUGGACAGUAUGCAUAUGGAUAUGGCCAACAAAUGAGUUAUUGGUAUCCACAAGGAUAUCCACAAAUGCAAGGUCAAUUUUUACAGCCUGCUCAGUACUAUGGUCAAUAUUAUGGACAACAGGCUCAAUAUAUGAAUAGUAUGCGAAUGCCUGCUCCUGGUGCAGGUACAUGGCAACCUGCACAAGCGACUGCUGCACCACCGACUGCAACUGCACCAUUGCCACCAGGUCAGCAACCUGCUAUGGUAACAUACACCAUGCCACAAUACCCCACGCAAUGAAAUUGAUCAUUGAUCAACAUCAACUAAUUGUUACAUAUGAUACAUUUGCCCCUGGGGCGUUUGCAAAAACUGUUCUGUCAUAUACCUGUUCCAACAAAUUUAUUGGUAUUUUGACUGCAGCAUCAUAUGUACAAAUUUUCCAGUUUUACUUCAAUUGAAGUAUAAUACAUGGCAAGAAGAAGCUCCUAAAUUUGGUUGUAUUAAUAUUGACUGAUAUUAAGUAAUAUAUCAGAGAUUAUACCAUCAAAAGAUCAAGUGAUAUAUAUACAUAUAUACACUUACAUACAUUUAAAUAUACAUUUUCUUAAUACGUUUCUCUUGCCAAACAAUAGAAACGUAUAUCAUUAUAACACAUGCAAGUAUAUCUUGUAAUGUUCAUUGAAAGAAGAAAUAUCAUAGCAGUCAAUCCAUCAGUGUAAUAUAACACUCUUUUCAAAACGAUUUAUAUUCUAAGGUGUUGAAUGAGGUAUAUUUCUGAACUUAAAAUUGCAGCCCCUUGAUGAGCCCUGCAUUCGUUGUGCUGCGUAAGGUGUAUGUAUGUAUGCGACCAUUACGUUGUUAUAUUUUUAAUAUUUUUGCCACAAUUACCAAUCUUUAGUUUAUUUCAAAUCAUUAAUGAACAAAGAUAAAUGUUCAUUUAUGGUAAACACAAAGUAUGACAUUGAACAUAAUAUAAGAUAGAGAGUAUAGGUAGACACGGCGCCUGUGAUGUAGCUAGAUUUGGAUGCAUGCUUUGACGUAUGCAGGGCCCUUAUUAAAAUAAACUAUGCAAGUCGAUAAACGAGUUGUAAACUUCCCUCGUUUUGUGAUAUUUAUCGUCGGUGGUAAAUGUACAAAACAUUCUUAUAAAAAAUUUUAAAGAAAAUAUUUCUGGAAGUGUCAAAAGUGAAAUAUCUUAUGAAAAUAUUGAAUUUGACUUGUUGAAUAUACUUUAUAUUGCAUAGUGACUCCUCUCCAUCUGUACAAAGAAAUAGCGAGUCUUGGUGUAAUUAUUAUAUGUAAUUUAAGUAUAAUGAUAAUGAUAAUGAUAAACACUUCCACUAAGAGUUGGAGUCACUACUGUCUUAUCUUUAUUAAUUUAUACAUUGAUAGUUAAAUUACAUUUCUUUUGAAUAUAUUAUAAAAUAUUAAUUUUUUCUCUUGUAACAAUCAGUAUAUCAAUUGACAAUCAUAUUUGAUAUUAUUCGAUAUUUUAAAGUUAUUGCAAUUAUGAUAUAAUACAAUACUUAUAUCUUCAUAUCUUCUAAUUAUUAUACAGAUGAAAAAUUGUUACACAAUUUAAAUGA